AUGACGGUUGGCGAGAAAAAGAACAGACCAAAUUUUCUAAUCAUCGUGGCCGAUGAUUUAGGUUUCACCGACUUAUCGCCAUUUGGAGGAGAGAUUCACACGCCAAAUUUGGACAAACUCGCCAGGGGUAAAGGUGGGGUGCGCUUAACUGAUUUCCAUACGGCGUCGGCAUGCUCGCCCACGAGAUCGAUGUUGUUGAGCGGCACAGACAACCACAUUGCCGGGUUGGGACAAAUGGCAGAGUUUACUUUGCGUCAAGGCGACAAGUUUAGAGAUAAACCCGGUUACGAAGGAUACUUGAAUGAUCGAGUUGUCGCAUUGCCUGAGAUCUUGAAAGAUGCUGGCUACCACACUUGGCUUUCGGGGAAAUGGCAUUUGGGGUUGAAGAAACCGUAUUGGCCUAAUAAGCGUGGAUUCGAAAAGUCGUGGUGUUUAUUGCCCGGUGCUGGGAACCAUUUCAAAUACAUCUUGAGAGACGAACUGGGCCAACAGAUUCCAUUCUUGCCAAAUCUUUUCGCUGAAGACGAUAAUGAGUUGGAACCUGAAACGUUGCCUGAAGAUUUCUACUCCACCACUUAUUUCACUGAUAAAGCCAUUGAGUUUAUUGAUUCGACGCCAGAGGAUAAACCAUUCUUUGGAUUCUUGACAUACACGGCGCCACAUUGGCCGUAUCAAGCUCCCCAGGACAGAAUCGCCAAAUACAAAGGUGUAUACGAUUCGGGUCCUCAAGAGUUGCGCAGACAAAGGUUAAAGAGAGCACUGGAAUUGGGGAUCAUUGACAAAAAUGUCAUACCGCACCCGGUAACCACCAUUCGUAAGGACUGGAAGGAUCUAAGUGAAAAAGAGCAAGCUGAACAGCUCAAGACGGUGGAGACGUAUGCGGCAAUGGUGGAGAUCUUGGAUGAAAACAUUGGUAGAUUAGUGCAACAUCUUGAAGCUAAAGGAGAGUUGGACAACACGUUUAUCUUGUUCAUGUCAGAUAAUGGUGCAGAAGGAAUGAUUAUGGAAGCACUUCCCUUGUCGAAUCAGAGAAUCACGGGUUAUGUCAAUAAAUACUAUGACAACUCGGUCGAGAAUAUCGGCAAUUUCAACUCGUUUGUAUUUUACGGAGACCAAUGGGCGCAAGCCGCAACGGCGCCCCAUUCAAUGUACAAGGCCUGGUCAACUGAAGGCGCCAUCGUUUGCCCGCUCAUUGUCAACUACCCUCCGCUUGUUUCCACAGAAGGCCAGAUCUUGAAAGAGUUCACCACGGUGAUGGAUAUCUUGCCCACGGUGCUCGAUCUCGCGGGCGUCAAGCAUCCAGGUAACCAAUAUCGUGGUAGAAAAGUAGCCAUCCCAAGAGGUAAAUCAUGGACUGGCUACUUGCGCGGCAGUGCGCCAUUUGUUCAUGAUGAAAACACCGUUACCGGGUGGGAGUUGUUUGGCCAGCAAGCGAUUCGCAAGGGCCAAUACAAGGCUGUCUACAUUCCCAAGCCUUUUGGGCCUGAAAAAUGGCAGUUGUUUAACAUUAUUGCCGAUCCUGGCGAAAAUGACGAUUUGGCGGAAACAGAGCCGCAGGUAUUGAAAGAGUUGACUGACCAUUGGGCCGUUUAUGCUGCGGAAACAGGGUUGAUUGAGUUGGGAUCUGAUUUCUUCAAAGUCGAGAAAAUCCCUGGCGAAAACAACGAAGUUAUCUACAGAACCAUAUUGGAUUAG